AUGGCAGCAGUGUACCGCGCCGCUCAAGCAGCAGGUGUGCGCUUCUUCCUGGGCGGGCAAGGUACAGUUGAUGGAUUUGUCUACGUGAGCACCUCGACCGGAAGCAAGUGCGCGGGUAUCCGGACAAAGAAUGGCCACUUCCACUCCUCGGCUCUGGUCAUUGUCACAGCUGGCGCAGGAGUCAAUUAUUUUGUUCCUCAGCUCGGAACUCAAGUCGUGGCCAAGUUGUGGUCUGUUGCACAUGUGCACCUCACUGAUGAAGAGACAUCUGCUCUUCGCGGCAUUCCUGUCACCUAUGCCCGUGAUCUGGGAUUUUUCUUUGAACCCGACCCGAAGACGAACCUGUUGAAGCUGUGUCCAAUGGGUGGUGAUUACACCAACACUGAUCCCAAGACUGAUGUCUCACAUGCACCAGAGAAUUUGAAGGAAAGUGCUUUCCUACCGGAAGAUGAUGAGAAACAGUUGAGGAAGCUCUUGGCUUAA